ACAAGCAGAUUCUUCAAGUAGAAAACGUGUUAUCCGGUUAAUUUGCUUCUCAAAGAAAAACAGAAGGCCGAUAAGAGCUUUAAAACAGUCAACCGCGCACAAAGAGACAUUCUGAGCAGAUUUGCAUGCCCAGUGCCUGAUGUGGGCGAUAAGCCGGUUUGCUCUUCUGCGGAAGAGCCUAUCGGCCUGGUCCCUCUGCUGCUCUCGUUUGCAAGGGGAGACGGGAGGGAGUCCGUGGCCAGCACCUGACAGGAGAGGAGCAUGUUUCGGACGCUGUGGCUGUUCUGCUUUCUCCCUGGACCUCUCGCAGGCACUGGGGCCUCACAAUGCCCCGACUUCCUCUCCGUGGCCCCACCCGCCCUGGAGGUGAGAAUGCUGGGGUUCGCGGCUGAGGGCGGCCCCUGCGGGCGCCCCCUCAACAUGACGGCACCAGGGGGGCUCGGGGCGUACCCCUGGGACCCCCGGCUCCCCAGCGUGCUGAUCGUGCAUGGCCGGCGGCCCCCCCAGGUGCGGCCCCAGUGGGUGGGCCAGCUGGCCCGAGAGCUGCUCUCCACCCAGCGGCUCAACGUCCUGGCUGUGGACUGGCUGUCCCCUCGCGGGCGCGGCCUGGUGCCCACCGCCAGGCAGGCGGGCAGGAAGCUGGCCUGUCUGAUCCGGGCGCUGCUGGCCCGUGGUUCCUCAGCUGAGACGAUCCAUCUGAUCGGCUUCGGAGUCGGCGCUCACAUCGCAGGGAAUGCUGGGGCUGCCCUGCGCGGCUGUCUGGGGAGGAUUACGGGACUGGACCCAUUCGGACCCGAGUUCACAGAGGCUGGCCCCAGCGUCGGGCUGGACUGGUCCGACGCUCAGUUCGUGGACGUUAUUCACGCCAACUUCAGACCCAACGAGCCGGUGGCGGCCCUGGGCUCCGCACGGCCCCUGGGCCACGUGGACUUCUACAUCGGCAAGGGCCACCAGCUGCCCGGCUGCCCCCCCGGCCUCCUGGACCGGGAGAGGUACGUGCUGUGCAGCCACUGGAGGGCUCACCAGAUCUUCACCAGCUCCAUCCGCUCCCACUGCCCUCUCUUCGCCUUCCCCUGCCUCUCGCGCCACGGCUUCGAGAGAGGCCAGUGCACACACUGCCACACGGCGGGCCUGCACGCCUGCCCACAGCUGGGCUACAACACCAGCUGGGUCGCAGCUGAGCGCCCGGUCCCGUUUCAGCAGCUCACCGCGCUAUUGGACGUCACCUCUGCCCCGCCUUUCUGUGUCACCCCUUUCCUGCUGGAGUUCCAGGUCGGGGGCGUCACGCCACUGAGAGCGUACCUCUUCAUCCAGCUGAGGGGCGGGGGCGUGGAGACCUCAUCCCUGCUGCUCUCGGGCUCAGCUCCAGUAAGGUUCCAGCCGGGGAAGGUGUACAGGUUCAUGGUGUCGGCGAACCGCGACGGCGACUUCAGCCACCUGCUGCUGGAGUUCUACACCCGCCGCAAUCUGUACCUGGAGUGGAGGAAGAGGAUCGUCCAUCUCAGCCAGCUGCUGCUCACCAGACUGCCUCGGGACAGGGGGGUCUCCUACUUCGCCUACGACGUGAGGGCAGCAGAGGGGCACACGGUGGAGGUGCGGCUCACCAAGGAGGUGGCAACGGAAGAGGAAGAAGAAGAGGAGGAAGAGCAGUGAGGGCCUGUAGUGCGCAGACCUUUGGACAUUCUGUAAUUUGGGACACGUCUGGGCUUCAAUAUAUAGAAUCUACAGUACUUUAAAAAGCUCAUAUCUGCCUUCAUCGAUAACAUGUCAAUUUAAAACUUGGAAAGGCAUUUCUUAAUGAUUGAUUAAUUACAUUAUUCAUUACAUUAUUAAACCUGUACAUGAGAACUGUCUAUAUUUACUUAUGAAUAAGUUAAUGACAUGCAGUGCAUACUUUGUUUAUA